CCGACGGCUGCGGGUUGACACGCUCAAUCUCCACGACUUGAGCCGGCUCAUCGCACUUCCGAUAUCAUUUCGGGUUACUUGCGGGAUUUUUUUUUUGUGGUAAAACCUAAAGGCAGCAGCGACGCACGCCAGAGCUUUCUUUCAACCACCUUAAUUCGAACCUCGAUUCUACCCCCAGAAAAAAAACCCUUACUCUAGAGAAAGAUGGAACACAAGUACGGUCACUCGAUGCUUUCAGAAUUCAUGUUCGAUCCUGAAUAUCUCAAUCUCAACACCGGUGCUUUCGGUUGCUUACCACGCGCUGUUCAAGCGAGCUACAACAAAUUCGUCGAAGAAGUUGAAAGCAAUCCCGAUUUAUUCGUUCGCAAGAAGCUCGCGCAUCGGUUCAACGAAAUCCGACAACGACUUGCUCAACUACUCAACGCAGGAGAAGAUGAAUGUGUUCUGGUACCCAAUGUCGAUCAUGGGAUUUCUCUCAUUCUUCGGAGCAUUCCUUGGACUGGGGAUGAUACAGUCGUAUACACUUCCACAGCGUUCUACCAAAUCAAAAGAAACAUCACACUUCUACCUGAAGGGAAAACGCACCCUCCAAAUCUCUCCGAAUUCCCUCUUACCUUCCCCGAAUCCAACAAAUCCAUCCUCGACCGAUUUGCUGCUCAUCUUCAUGAACUCAAAACGAAACGAGUGGAAAAUUCGAAAGUCGUUGCUGUUUUUGAUACUAUCAUUUCUACACCUGGGGUUUUGAUGCCGUGGAAGGAGAUGGUGGAUAUUUGUAGACGGGAAGGAGUGUUGAGUGUUAUUGAUGCUGCACAUUCUAUUGGACAUGAGUUGGAUAUUAAUCUUGAUGAAGCUAAACCUGAUUUUUGGGCUGGAAAUUGUUCCAAGUGGCUUUGGGCAAAGAGAGGGACUGGAUUGCUUUAUGUUCCUAAACGAAACCAGCAUAUGAUCCCGCAUAAUAUCCCAGCUGGUAUUCCACUAAUAGGAAAGGGAUCCACCUUGGCUUCGCCUUUCGGAGCGGAGUUUGUCUGGUGCGGAUCAGCCGAUGUUGCUCUCUUUUUGUCUAUCGGGGCAGCUCUUGACUUUCGUAUGUCCAUCGGAGGAGAAGAAAAGAUAGUUAGGUAUUCCCGCGAUAUGGCGGUGCGAGGUAGCAAUCGGUUGGCUGAAAUACUUGGAACGGAAGUGAUGAAGAAUGAUGAUUAUGUUUCGGGUGAAUCGACGUUUUGUAUGACCAACGUUCGGCUCCCAUUAUCCUCUUCAAUCGGAAACGGAAACAGUAACCCUCGAGAUGUCAUAACUGCUUUCGAUGAUAAAUUACUUGAAGAACGGAAAGCCUACGCUACGGUUUUUUACCAUAACGGUGCUUGGUGGGCAAGGCCUACUGCUCAGAUACAUAACGAGAUAUCGGACUUUGAACGUUUUGGGAAGAUCUUGUUGGAAGUCUGUCAGGAGAUUGAAGAAGAGUUUGGACGUCCGAAUGCUCAGUAGAGUAGGCGGUUAUGUAAUGUGAAAGCUUUCCGAUUGAUAGUCAGAAUAAUUUCAAUUCUUAAUUUUGAGGCGAU